GUGUCUUUCCCUUUCUUCUUAUUAUAACAUGCAUGACUAAUAGGCGAGAAAAGAGUAUCAAAAACUCAGGAAAGAAAAACACACCACCUCAGAAUCAUACCGUUUGGAAAAACUCUAGCAAUGGAAGCCAUGUUCAUCACCAAGAGCCGAAUGUUCACCCUUUCAAAAGCCUUCCCUCAAUCUCCUAGUACUCUCAGAUCCGCCCCCAAAGUGUCUCGUGUCUUCUUCAACAUCUCUGCUUCCAAAUAUGGGGGGACAAAUCCAUAUGCAGAAUCCAGAAACUCUAGAGCUGACAUGGCUUGCAGCGAAGCUGCCGACCGAGCGUCAAGGAUGAGCGAUACAGACGAUGAUGCCUUUGAAGAAACCAUGGAAAAAGAAAAACAAUAUGCAAAUGAAACUAAGGAAAAGGCCAAAGAUGGGACUUACAAAGAGGUCGAGACUGCUGAAAACAUUACAGAGAGGGCUAAGGAGAGGGCUAAAGAGGGUGUGGACUGUGGAGAGAGCUUCCGAUACCACACAAAACGUGAAGGAGAAGGCUAAGGAGUAUGCGCAUGACACCAAGAAGAAAGCGAAGGAGGGGACGCAGAGAGUAGCAGAGACUGCUUCAGAUAUGACGGAGAGAGCAAAGGAGCAUGGACGGGGCAUGAUGGAGAAGACGGCGGAGGUGGUCGGUGAUGUGGCUGAUAAGGCCACAGAGACUGUAAAAAGUAGGGGAGAAAAGGCAAAGCAGACUGCACAACGCAACAACAAGGGCUACUAAAGAGACAACGGAGAAGAUCAAGGAUACGUGGGGGUGGGGGGGCGGGAGGGAAAGGAUGAUGUGAUACGGGGAUCCGAGAAGACCAUGGAUGAGGAUGUUGUGAAGUUGAGAAGGCGCGUAGGGGGAAAUCCUGAUACAGAGUAUUGAAAUUGGUUUUUCCUUUGUUCUCGUUAAUUGGAUAAUGCAAACAAAGUCUAGUUAGUAUUGGCUUGGUGUUCAAGCCCCAUCCUCGUUUUCUUACACUUUCCCAAUUGAUCAACAAAAUUAGAGGCUUUCA